UCUGAUAUGGUGUUAUUGAGUGGUUAAUAGAUGGAGUGUUGUAGCUUGCAAAAACCACAUGCAAUGAAAGCAUACUUAACCAAUGAGUAGAACUCAGAAUUUGCCUGAGUUUAUAAAUCAUGCCACCAUUUCCUUGUUUCAUAAUAAUGCUAUUUAAUUUGCCUAGGACUUCUCUUCUUCUCUGUGCUACUGCUAUGCUAUAAUAAAAUUUUAACGUUCCGCUAAAGACAAAAACACGUUCACAUAACAUCGAACGUGUUAAUUAUCUUGGGGACCAUGAUUGUACUACAAAACACUAUCCUUUUUUACUUUCUAAGAUUUGUCUCUCUCUCAAAUAAUUAGAACUUAGUUUUCACAAAAGACAAUGUGUGACAGGAAUUUGGCCAGAGUCCCCAAGUUUUAGUGAUGCCAACAUGCCCCCGGUGCCAGCUGGAUGGAAGGGACAUUGCCAAUCAGGAGAAGCAUUCAACUCUUCGACAUGUAACAGGAAAGUGAUUGGUGCAAGAUAUUAUCUCAAUGGCUAUGAAGCUGAGGAACAACUGGGAAAUACUGUGUCAUUCAAAUCUCCAAGGGACAGCUCUGGUCACGGCAGUCACACUGCUUCAACUGCUGCGGGUCGUUAUGUGAAUAAUAUGAAUUAUGAGGGGUUGGCAUCUGGCGGAGCUAGAGGAGGCGCACCUAUGGCUAGGAUAGCAGUGUAUAAGACUUGCUGGAGCUCUGGUUGCUAUGAUGUUGACUUGUUGGCCGCAUUUGAUGAUGCUAUUAGAGAUGGGGUGCAUAUUGUGUCUCUGUCUUUGGGUCCUGAUGCUCCACAGGGAGAUUAUUUCAGUGAUGCCAUUUCUGUGGGAUCAUUUCAUGCUGUUAGCCAUGGAAUUGUGGUUGUUGCUUCAGUUGGAAAUGAAGGAAGUCCAGGGUCUGCAACAAAUCUUGCUCCUUGGAUGAUCACUGUUGCAGCUAGUUCAACUGACAGGGAGUUCAUGUCCGAUAUCAUACUUGGAAACAGAGCUCACUUUUCGGGUGAAAGUCUGAGUCUACUUAAAAUGAAUGCCUCGACAAAGAUCAUCUCCGCUUCUAAAGCUUAUGGAGGGUACUUCACUCCUUAUCAAUCCAGUUACUGCUUGGAUAGUUCUUUAAAUAGCACAAAGGUGAGAGGCAAUGUUCUAGUAUGCCGACAUGCUGGGAGCUCAGCAGAGUCAAAGCUGGCAAAAAGUGUCGUAGUAAAAGAAGCUGGAGGAGUUGGGAUGGUUCUUAUAGAUGAAACAGAUAGAGAUGUCGCCAUCCCUUUUGUCAUCCCAGCAGCAAUUGUUGGGAGAAAAGAAGGACAUAGGAUCCUAACUUACAUAAAUAAUACAAGUAAUCCUAUGUCAAGGAUAUUAUCUGCCAAGACGUUAUUAGGAUCCCAAGCUGCUCCUCGAGUUGCACCAUUUUCUUCCAAAGGUCCCAAUAUCUUAACCCCUGAAAUUCUUAAGCCCGAUAUAACAGCACCUGGAUUGAAUAUCCUGGCAGCCUGGUCUCCUGCAGCUAAUAAAAUGAAUUUCAAUAUACUCUCUGGAACAUCCAUGGCUUGUCCCCACGUAACAGGGAUUGUAGCCUUGAUAAAAGCUGUGCAUCCAUCUUGGUCUCCAGCAGCAAUCAAAUCGUCCAUAAUGACAACUGCUACUGUAUUAGACAAGCACCGGAAGCCUAUCACAGCAGGCCCAGAUGGACGAAGAGCGAAUGCUUUUGAUUUAGGCUCUGGCUUUCUGAACCCAAGGAGAAUUCUUGAUCCUGGUCUUACAUAUGAUGCAGAGUCUACAGAUUACAAAGCCUUUCUCUGUUCAAUUGGUUAUGAUGAGAAAUCAGUGAAUUUGAUCACAGGAGACAACAGCACCUGUAACCAAUCUUUCCCAUCAGCAUCAGACCUUAAUUAUCCAUCCAUCACAGUACCUAAUCUGAGGAACACUUUUUCAAUCACUCGUACAGUGACAAAUGUCGGCAGGCCUAGGAGCGUCUACAAAUCAGUCGUGUUUCCUCCGAUGGGGAUCAACGUCACUGUAAUACCCAAACGACUGAUCUUUAACAGGUACAGGCAGAAGAUCAACUUCACUGUAACUUUCAAGGUGACUGCCCCAUCACAAAAUUAUGUCUUCGGAUCCUUGUCGUGGAGGAGUAGAAAGUCUUGGGUAACUACCCCACUGAUUGUACGGGUUGCCAGGUCCAGGUCGAGGCCAGGUUUUAUGUUAUAAGCAGCAGUAUACAAUGUGCGCAACCUUGGAGUUCUAGAGUUGAGAUAAAGAUAGAACACAAAAAUGAAUAUGCAGAUUCCAAGUCGCAGUGGAGAUUGAUAUCCAUGUCUAGCCAUUAGAAUCAUUUUUGUCAGAUAAGCCUACAGUGAAGCAUGAACACAUUUUUCAGCCAUUCCUUUACUUCAUUAUUUAUUAUUUCAUUGUCCAAUGUUUGAGAAGAACUCAACAUUCCAUAGAUCCUAUUGCCACCUCACAGACUA